ACGAUGGCGGGAUGGACUCUGUGCGUGCUCGUUAUUUUCCUGUCACAGAAUACAGGGUUAAAAGCCCAAGAUUGUGGAGUGGUACCUCUGCAGACGAGGAUAGUAGGAGGUGAUAAUGCUACAGCAGGAGAUUGGCCAUGGCAGGUCAGUAUGCACUUCAAUGAAAGGCACAUCUGUGGAGGAACUGUCAUCAAUACACAGUGGGUGUUGACUGCAGCUCACUGUAUAAUUUCAGAAUCCACCAGUAGAUAUUUACUGUACUUUGGGAAACAAACUCAGAGUGGUUUUAAUCCGCAUGAAGUGAGCCGGAGUGUAUCUCAGAUCAUCAUGCAUCCUGACUACAACAGCACAACAUUUCAGAAUGACAUCGCCCUGAUGAAGCUCAGCAGCCCCAUCACUUACACCAACUACAUCAGACCUGUGUGCCUUGCAGCCAAAUCCAGCAUCUUCCACAAUGGCAGCGAGUGCUGGGCCACAGGCUGGGGCCGCCUCUCCCAAAAUGAACCUUUUGUCGCACAUGACAUACUGCAGGAGGUGCAAAUUCCAGUGGUUGGAAACAAUCUGUGUUCUUCUUUCUACAGCUUUAUAAAUGUUACUAUCACAUGCAACAUGUUGUGUGCUGGAGAAUUAGGAAAAGGAGUCUGCCAGGGUGACUCGGGUGGGCCUGUGCAGUGUAAACAAGGCUCACGGUGGAUCCAGGGUGGGAUUUCCAGUUUUGGGAUCCCUUGUGCCGUUGGUAUUCCAGAAGUCUUUUCCAGAGUCUCGGAGUUUCAGUCCUGGAUCACAGGUCAUUUGGCUGGGACAAACGUUUCAUUUGUGGAGUUCACCUCCAACGGCACUGACCUAGACAGCAGCUUUGGGUGUAACACCACAGCUCCUCCAAACAGAGCCCCGCCAUCAGAGGUGUCAUUCACCGCCAUUGUCUCAGUGAUUUUACUGAUGCCCCUUUUACCUUAAAGGUGACUUUAAAGU